AUGUUCAAUCCCCUCAUUCGAAAUCCUCUGCUAGCGCCGCUCACUCGGGUUGUGGGCAUAAGCCCAAUCUCCACCCUAGCAGACUUUCUCUGUCGCUCGUGCGAUUCCAGUUCAGCAAAAUGGUGGCGCCUUUUCUUUUUCAGCGACUGCCUAAAAUCCCUAAGCUUCUGUUCGAACAAAUCACUAAUGCCCUCAUCCCCUCUUUUGUUCGAUCAAUUCCUUCCCUAUGUGGCUCCCUUUGAAUCAUUGUCGCUCGUGUUUCUCCCUCGCGCUGCUGAACAGGCCACCAUUCUGGACGAGUCCGAUCUCUGGAUUCUGUUCAACGCAAAGACAAGUUGCCCGAUCAGCUAUGCCUCCCUGAUGUUUAAUCACAUAAUUAAAUAUCAAGAUGAAGAGUGUAGCGGGAAGCUGCCUUUUGGCCCGCAAAUCACCUAUCUGCUGGCAAUCUUACGGGUUGAUUUGCGUGGAAAAAUUACUAAAAGGGAUGUUCAUUCAGACCUUCAAGCUCAGCAUGUUCUUCGCCGCACUCUCUCGGCGCUUGGACCUCGAAAACUUGCCAAAGUUCAAGGGGGAGACAAAUCUGCUCAGUCUGAAUCCGAACCUGAAUCCGAACCUAAUGAAGACGACAAUACUGCAGCGUUGUCUGCGAGACUUGGCAAAGGAAAGGAAGUGGCAGAAUCGUCCGGAAAGCGCAAGAGGGGUCUAAACAUGAGACAUCUCCAGGAAGGGAUAAAGCUGGAGAAGGAGGGAAAAGUUAUUCUUCAUGAUCUCACCGUGGCCCUAAAAGGGAAAGAGGCCAGUUCUUCUGGCAAGAAGGUUAACAAGGUUUUAUUCUUACCUUCGGAGAAUGAGGAAGACGACCCGUCGGAGUAUGCUUCGUCUCCGGAUUACACCUACUAG